CGACAUUGGACGCAAACGUGCGUAGUGUGGCAUUUUGCUCAUCGGGAACCUACUGGAUUGCAGUGGCCAACGGCGACGUACAUCAUGGCGGGAUUGAAUCAGAUUUACUCUGCUACUUACAGUAGUGUCCCUGUGUUCGAGUUCAAGCUCGAUGGCGACAGUGUUAUGAGAAGGCGGGGUGAUGAUUGGGUCAAUGCAACACAUAUACUCAAAGCAGCGGGCUUUGACAAACCGGCACGAACUCGUAUCCUGGAACGCGAGGUCCAGAAGGGAGUGCACGAGAAAGUCCAGGGUGGCUAUGGCAAAUAUCAGGGAACAUGGAUUCCACUCCCGGAAGGUCGCCAACUUGCCGAACGCAAUAAUAUUCUUACCAAAUUAGCUCCUAUCUUCGAUUAUGUUGCUGGAGAUCACAGUCCCCCACCCGCGCCGAAACACACAUCCGCUCAAUCUAAACCAAGGGCACCCCGAAAGUCCGCUGCUGCAAGCCGUGCUGCUGCUGCUGCUGCGGCAGCAGCAGCGGCGGCGGCGGCAGAGACACUUGCUGCUCAAUCACAGCGCAGCAUGGGUCCUCCAACCAUCCCGCAAGACCAUUAUGAUCUUAAUACCGGAUUUGAUGACAAUGAAUCGCUUGGACAUGCCACAAUCGAAUCCUCGUCAAUGGUUGCAGAUGAAGACAUGCUUCAAAUGUCCCAUGGUGGCCGGAAGCGAAAGCGUGGAGUGGAUGAAGCAACCGCUAUGUCAAUCAGCGAACAGGAACAUAUCAUCUAUGGUGAUCAACUUCUAGACUAUUUCAUGACUGUGGGCGAUGCUCCAGAGGCGACGCGAAUCCCUCCUCCUGAACCUCCUGCUCAUUUCCAAGUUGAUCGCGCCAUUGAUGACUCCGGAAACACCGCCUUACACUGGGCCUGCGCGAUGGGCGACUUGAUGAUUGUGCGAGAUCUCCUGCGCAGAGGGGCCAACGUCAAGGCACUGUCGGAGCAUGAAGAGACGCCACUCGUCCGAGCUGUUCUAUUUACCAACAAUUAUGAAAAGCGAACGUUCCAGGCACUUCUAGAUCUGCUCUUGGAUACUGUGUCUUUUCGGGAUUGGUUUGGUGCCACUAUUUUCCAUCAUAUUGCAGAGAAUACUCGAAGCAAGGGAAAGUGGAAGAGCUCCCGUUAUUACUGCGAGGUACUCCUCGAUAAGUUAUGCAAGACGUGCUCGCAAGACGAAAUUGAUUUGUUGCUUUCAUGCCAAGAUCAGAAUGGUGACACAGCCGUUCUUGUCGCUGCUCGCAAUGGCGCAUUCCGCCUAGUGAACAUACUUCUCGUGCAUUGCCAUCGCGCUGGUGAUCUCGUCAACAACAAAGGAGAGACUGCCAGUAUGAUCACAAAUCGAUCUAACCACGCGGAACAGGAUAUUCCUCCAGCUCCAUCUUCUACCAUAAUGGCCAAUGAUCACAUGGACGGUGAAGGGAGUGGCCUUGCAGGAGAUCAUCAGUUUUCUGCCGCCGCCGAUGCUCCUGCGACCUCAGAAUUGCUUUCCAAGAUAGGGACUAUCAUGGCGGAGGCAAAUAAAAAGCUUGCUGUGACAUACGGGAACUCAAAGAUCAACCAACAAGAUUCUAAUGAUGUUGCGAACCCCGAAGCCUUACAUGAACAACUUGAAUCUGAUCGCCAGAAGAUUCAAAAGCAGCUUGCCGCAUUGUCAGAAAAAGAGGCUGAAUAUGAACGUUGUGACGACCAAGUUGGUCGCUAUGAAAAAUUACGCGCCAGUUACGAGUCUCUUCUUGAGCAAAUUCAGCAUUCACGUCUUGCACAACAGCUUUCAAUCACGGAGACACCGAAACCGACGCCAGCUUCUCUCGAACAAGAUGACUUGCUGACUCGAUAUCAACUUUCCCAGGAGCUGUGCUCUGCCCAGAGGAUCCGCCGCAAUACCGUCAAAGAUCUAGCCCAGCAAACAGCAGAUGCCGGCGUGAGCACCAAGUUUGACGUGCAUCGCAAACUUGUAGCCUUGGCGACUGGACUGAGAGAAGAAGACUUGGAUCCUAUGGCUGCCGAGUUGGCUGAAACUCUGGAGUUUGACCGACUGAACGGCAAAGGCACAACUCCAGAAAUGGGCCACCGUCGAUUGCCGUCUCAGAAAGACUCGUCUGCACUUACUGUGCCUGGUGUUUCGGUUGAUGCUUAG